AUGAAAAAUAUGCCAGAUGGAUCAUUAAUUUUGAUGCAACCACACACCAAUCAUGAGCGCGAAAACAAUGAUAUGCAGUUAGUAGAUGAUCUUAAAAAUAUUUUUAAAAGAAGAGCGGCUUUAGACAGUGUACAGUUGAAGUUAAUUUACGAUGAAGAACAUCCGUUGGCAGCAAACUUGUAUCCAUGGUCUACUACUGAAUCGCUAAUGCGCUUAGCUCGUAGAUCAUCUAUGUCUCCUUUACCAGACAAUUUACUGCAACUGGCAAUCGUUUUUGAAAAUGGACAGUUACCAAGAUAUAACUGCUGUGUUGCUGAAGUUAUAAUUGACGUAUAA